UUGUUAUAUGCACAGAGAUCACUAAUAAUGAGUUCAACACAAGACACAAAUUUAAAAACUAGCCUUCUUCAGCUGGAAUGCCAUUUCACCUGGGCUCUGAAUAAAAAUGAUAUUAAUCUCACUGAUCUACUGAACAGGCUACAAGAAGACCUUAACCUAGAUCUUGAAAGCAAGGCACGAGUUGCACGCGCACACAGCUGUAUGGGAUUUGUGAAGUUUCUACUAAGUUCCAAUACUGAGGCUCUCAGCUACUUUGAGAGAUCUGUAGAGCUAACUAAGUCUCAUGGAAAUGAAUGUGACAAGCUGCUUGUUGUUGUCUAUGGAGACCUUGCAUGGUUAUACUAUCAUAUGGGUAAAUUGGCAGAGUGUGAAAGCUACCUGAAUAAGCUGAGUGAGAUUAAAGCAAAAUAUCCAUCUGUCCCCUAUGCUGAGGUGCUUGGAGAGAAGGGAUGGACCUUCCUUAAGUUUUCUCGCAAAUAUUAUGAAAGGGCUAAAGAGUGCUUCAAGAAGGCCUUAGAGCUGGAGCCAGAUGUAGGUGAAUGGAAUGCUGGCCUUGCAAUUACUCUUUAUCGGAUAGAGGAUAUUCUCCAAGAUACAUCUGCUUCAACUGCAAUUGAUCAACUUAGACGGGCCAUAGUCACUAAUCCAGAUGAUGAUGUUCUUAAAGUUCUGCUUGGUCUUAAAUUGGCUUCUCACAAGAAGUACAGUGAGGCAGAGAGCCUAGUAGAACAAGCUUUAGAGAGAUCUCCAGAACACCCACAUGUGAUGCGAUAUGUUGGGAAAUUUUUUCGGAAUCAAGGCUCUGUAGACAGGUCAAUUGCCCUUUUAAAUAGAGCAUUAGAGAAAGUGUCCACCUCAGCCUUUAUACACCAUCAGCUGGGGCUCUGCUAUAAGAAAAGGAAUUGCAAAUCAAUAAACCACCACACAGGUUCUAAAAGUAGGUAUGCUCAAGAGCAAUGUAUCUACCACUUGAAACUGGCAACCGAACUGAAGCCCAACUUCAUCAUUGCUAUGUGUGAACUGGCCCUUCAGUAUGGGGAGAACAAGGAUAUGUCAAGAGCAGAAGAAAUGUUUCAGAAUACAUUUCAAAUGGCUAAAGAAAAAGAUGAUAACUACCAGACUGUUCAUCUGUAUUAUGCAAAAUUUCAGCAGUACUGCAUGAGAUGUGAAUCUGCUGCAGUUAAACAUUACCUUGAAUGUCUGAAGCUUAAUCCAAAUUAUUAUGACGGGAAGAAAAGUGCUAAACAACUGGAAAGGAUUGCAAAGAGAAGAAUUGAAAACAACCCAAAGGAUGGAGAAGCCUAUGGAAUACUUGGAAUCAUUCAUAAAGAAAAAGGAGAAAAGCAACAAGCCAUAGAGUGCUUUGAGAAGGCGCUGAGAUUUGUACACAAUGAGGAUUACCUCAGUGAUCUUUGUGAACUUAGGCUUUCAUUACAGUAA